AUGUUUGUGACUCAGGUUCAGGGAUCAGUGCUGAUAGCAGAGCUCACCUGUUCUGAGGAUGGUGUCAUACAGAGUCAGUACAGAAUCCUGGUCGAGAUUGUGAAUGAAAACGACAACAGACCAAAAUUCCUGAAAGAGACGAUUCAACCGUUCACCAUCAGUGAGCUGACAACUGUGAACUCUGUGGUUUUCACAGUGAAGGCCAUUGAUACAGAUGGAGACAUGAUUACAUACAUCAUUGACCAAUCAUUGCCUGAUGCAUCCUUCUUCAGGAUCGAUCUGCCGAACAGUGGAAACGUAGUCCUGAACAAACCUCUGGACUAUGAGACCAGAACUCAGCUGAAGGUGAUCCUCUGGGCCCAGGAAACAAACACUGUGGACAAGUUUAAUACGUCUGCUGUUUUGACGGUGAACAUCGAGGAUGGAGAUGACCAGUAUCCUCAUUUCCUGCCCUGUACACCUGUCACUCCAGGUGUUCCUGUCUGCAUGAACCCCACCUACACCACCAACAUCACACACAAACAGCAGGGCAUAGUUCUGGAGUUUUCUCCUGGUCCAAUCAGAGCAGAAGAUGGAGACAGAGGAAUCAAUACUCCUCUGAUCUACACCAUCCUGUCAGGUGAUGACCAGGGCAGGUUCGUGAUCAACAACAGUACAGGUGAGAUCAGAUUAACGAGACCUCUGAACAGUCAACCAGUGGCGGCAAACUUCACCCUCAACAUCAUGGUUUGUCAAGUGGAUGACCGGCUAAAGUACAGCCUGGCGUCGGCUCUGAUCCGAGUUCUCAGUGAGAACAUCUUCCCUCCGGUCUUCAACAGAACCACCUUUAAAGGUUUCAUCAUCCAGAGCUCAAGCCCUGCCUCCAUCGUCUCCACUUAUGGGAACCAGGUGUUACAGGUCCAAGUGUCAGACCGUGACUUCACUGAUGGCCUGAAUCCAAACAUCCACUAUGCUCUGAAUCCUCCAUCUGGACUGUACCAAGUGACCCAGGGGGGUGUUCUGAUUGCCAAGACGGACAAACUGCGUGCAUUUGACAGACACAUACUUCAGGUUGUCGCCAGAGACGAAGAAUCAGGAGAAGAAGUUUCAGCUUCAGUGGACGUCGAAGUCCUGCAGAGAGGACAAGCAGUCCCUCGUGGUGCAUUCACUGAGCAGCAGCUGUUUGGAGAUAUGGACAGCAGGCUGGCCGGAGGAAUCGCAGCAAUGAUCUUGCUCUUGUUUUUGUCAUCAGUUCUGUUUCUGUUGCUUCGGACCGUGAAGAGAAGACGACAAACAAACACAGAUGAACACACAGCAAUCUCCCUCGGAAAACAUCCUAACGUGAGUUUACUGGGGUUUGAGAUGGUGAGCUCCAGUCAAUCUGUGUUCUCUGUGGAUGAGACUUCAUACAACAACAGAGCAUGUUCACCAUCAGAGAGCUUCCACGGCAGACAGGGAGUCUACACCAGGAAACACUCUCAGCUUCCUCUUCCUCCAUCAUCAUCAUCAUCAUCAUCAACAUCAAACCUGGUCACCGGGGAUCCUGGAGGAAGAUCAACACUUCAUUCUAAUUUGUUUUCUGUCCAAGAAAAAUCAGAAGGUCCACCUGAGGUGACAAAGACCAUUGAAACCCUCAGAUUAUCUGAUGUUAGAGAAGCCAUACAGACAACUUGUGUGUCCACAGGUGAGUCUACAGGUGGUCAUGAUGAUGACAUCACAGCAGUGAACACAGAGACUCUUCAGAGACAUGACAUGAAAACUAACCAGGGGUCAGGGGAGAGAUUACAGGAGACAGAGGACCUCUACAGGUAGACGAGCUCUGUGUCUGAAGCCGAGUUCAGAAGCCAAUCACAGACCAGAAAAAAUUCAGUCAAGAAUUCCUCACUCCUGAAAAUUCAUAAAUCUUGUUUAUCAUGUUUUAAUCGUGUUUUAAUCAUGUUAAAAAUGGUUUAUCAUGUUAAAACUGGUUCAUAAUGUUUAAAUCAUAUUUGUCAUAUUUUAAUCAUGACAUAAUUAUCAUGUUUAA